GUGCGGCGGCGGCGGGUGCGGCGGCUCCGCAGGGAUAGCCACAACAAUGGAUGAUUACACAAAAAUAGAGAAGAUUGGGGAAGGUACCUAUGGUGUUGUGUAUAAAGGUCGUCACAAAACCACAGGCCAAGUGGUUGCAAUGAAGAAAAUACGUCUAGAAAGUGAGGAGGAAGGUGUUCCAAGUACUGCUAUCCGAGAAAUUUCUUUAUUAAAAGAGCUGAAUCAUCCCAAUAUAGUCUGUCUUCAGGAUGUUCUCAUGCAGGAUUCAAGACUGUACCUCGUCUUUGAAUUCCUUUCCAUGGAUCUCAAGAAAUAUUUGGAUAGUAUUCCAUCUGGCCAGUAUUUGGAGCGUUCCCGAGUUAAGAGCUAUCUGUACCAAAUUUUGCAAGGUAUUGUCUUCUGCCACUCAAGAAGAGUUCUGCACAGAGACUUGAAACCUCAGAACCUCCUGAUAGAUGACAAGGGAGUGAUUAAACUGGCGGAUUUUGGACUGGCUCGAGCCUUUGGAAUUCCAGUGCGGGUCUACACGCAUGAAGUAGUAACACUGUGGUACAGGUCUCCAGAAGUACUGCUGGGAUCUGCUCGUUACUCUACUCCUGUAGAUAUCUGGAGCAUAGGAACCAUAUUUGCUGAGCUGGCAACUAAAAAGCCACUUUUCCAUGGGGAUUCAGAGAUUGACCAGAUCUUCAGAAUCUUCAGAGCUUUAGGGACUCCCAACAACGAGGUAUGGCCUGAGGUGGAAUCCCUGCAAGACUAUAAAAACACAUUCCCAAAAUGGAAACCUGUCAGCCUCGAAACACAUGUCAAAAACUUGGACAAAGAUGGACUUGAUCUGCUGGCUAAAAUGUUAAUUUAUGAUCCUGCAAAAAGGAUUUCUGGAAAAAUGGCCUUGAACCAUCCAUAUUUUGAUGAUUUGGACAAAUCCACUCUUCCUGCUAAUCUGAUAAAGAAAUAGACCUUUGGACUAAAUCAUCCAGAGUGAAAUAAUUGUGAUUACUUUUACUCUUAAGUCUGUCAUUUGUAUGUCUGUCUUUUUGCUCUUAAGAUUUGGCUGUAUUCGGUUUGUUUUUGUUUAAGUGUUAUCUAAUUGUAAAUAUUAACCUGUUAGUGCUGUGUUCAAAUGCAAUGCAAAUAUUGCUGCAAUUAAUGCAGUCAACUUUCUAUAAAUAAAACUUUAACCUCA